AUGAGAAGGAAAAUGUUAGCUUAUCCUGAAGAAGCUGUGGCAGCUGCAAUAGAGGAUGUUCGCCUUGGGAUGUCAAUAGCCUCUGCAGCAAAAAGACAUCAGGUUCCCAGAGUAACUCUUCUGUACAAGGUGAAAGGAAAAACUCCUAUUUCUAGAAGAACGGCACCCAAGACUAUUCUCACAUCUGAUGAAGAAAACUUGCUUGUACAAUGGAUAUUAGACUCGUCGGAAGCAAAAUUUCCAAUAACACAAAUAUAG